AGAGUUUCCUGCUAGAAGGAUACUGGUUGCCCCUCUUCAUUUCAUUAUCAAGUGAAACUAGGUCUCUUCUAUCAUUAUGGGCAAUGAAAACAGCACCACCCGAAACCAGGUGACAGCACCAGAAUUAGGACAGCCACCCGGAAAUGCUGCAGAUAUACAAAGGAAACCGGGGAAGGAGACCGAAAACAUUAGUGGAGGGGAUUCAAGUAGCAUCUCACCAGGUGCUGCCAGGACACUUGCUAAAAAUACCUUCCCAUUGCCCCUCCCAGCUUACAGCAUCUGGGGCCACGCUACUGGAGGUCCAGCCAGCAUUAACCCCGCCGAGGGGCCUCCAGAUCUGACAAGACAAGGACACGCGACAGAGGAAUGCAGAGAACUGUUUGACACUGAUUGCCCCUCCCAAGCUGGAGAAGUGAAUGAGCACUGCAUGCCUGCCUCCCUGCCUUUUGAGGAAUUAGCUCAGGACGACAUCCAUGCACAUCAAAAAGCUGAUGAUGCAGAGCGGCCACCUCCCCAGAGAAAUGUAGAGGAGUUUCUGUCAGAUGCCCAAGAGAGCAAGGAAGCAAAGUUGACUGCAGCUGGGGAUUUAGGCCACACAAUUGUUGCAAUCUUGCCUGCUGACGGGGACUGGAGGGAGGCAAGCGUGGACACUGGUCCGUCAGAGUACCCUUCUUUGAUGCAAGAAAUGUUGCCAGCAUAUUCAAGUGAACUAGAAGUGAUGCAUCUUAGUGAACAGCUGAGUGGGAAGAGUGAUCCAAAUCCUUGUUUCCUCCCCCAGGGGAAAGAGGCAGAAGAUGAUUUUCCACCAUCAGAAUCCCCCAAGGAGUCAGGGUUUCUGCAAGCAAUCCAUAAGGAACCAGCUGCAACCCGGAUUAGUAAGGGGGACCCAGAUGGUGAAGAUGGACUCAUAGUGAAACAGGAAACCCUAAUCCCAAAUGAUUCUGCCUCAGGAGGCUGCAACAGAGAGGAAUGCAGAGCAAAUGGGGAGGCUCAGAAUUUGAUCGAUAACUCUGAAACCAGUGAUACCAGGGAUAUCAGAGAGGCUAGUUCAAAUGUAAUUCCACAGACAAAUGGCCAAGAGCAUGCUGACAUUCAGCUCCUUGUGUUGGAUUCACCUUUGGUUACCCAGAGCCCUUCCUCAACUCUUUCACCCAAAGGCCCUUCGAAGGAAACCCUGUUCCCAGGAGACUAUUCUGGAUCCAUUCAAAGCACAGUGCAAGAAGCACCCUCUGAAAAAUGCAUCCAUGUUGAUAAAAUAGGCCACAUCGAAGAAGAUUUGUUUGUCUGUAUCAAGCCUCUGUGUGAGCAUGGGCUUUCCCAGACAGAGAAAACACAUCCAACUUUAAAUUUUCCUUCAGAAGACACUCAAGCUCCAGGUGCUGUCUCUAAUGUAGAAUCCAGUUUGGCUGGAGAGUCUAUUCUUGCCUCUGCUACUGAAUGUAUUUCAACCCUGGACAAGAGACAACCCAUCGCAGAUGGAAAGUCAGUAUUGGAAAAGUGUUCACCGGAUUCUACUGGUCAAAGUGAACUUUCAGAAAUAAGCCCAAAGUGCCUAAAGCUUGUUCAGGUGUCUGAGGGAGAUGCAGAUGUUCUCAUGGGUCAGGAGACAGUGGAUAUAACACAAGUCCCUGUGCCAUACACACCUUUAGGUGAGUUAAAUGAAAGAGCAGGAAGUUUACUGGUACCAAAUGAGGAAACCAAACAACAUAUCAACCUUGAAAUUCAAAGUGAUGUCAAAAGAGAAGAUGAGUUAAAUGGUCAUCUAGAAAAAGAAUGUGCCACAAAGGACAUUAACUCAGCAAAUCAUGUGAAUUUCUCUGAAGAAGCUCCAUGUGAAUUCAGCUGCAGAAGUGAACAGGAAAUGAGUGAAGAGGUAGCAAUAGGCAGCCAUGAUUUGGGGUUUAAAUUAGUUCAGCCUGAAGACACAGUACAGUGCCUCCAGGAGAGCUUCUGGAGCUUAGAUGAGCCUGAUCCUAAGUCCAAAGACUCAGCUCUGUGCUCACCAGCUACUGAAAUGCCCCAGGAAAGCUGCACUAGGGUCUUGCAUGAAUCACUGCAUGGGCAAUGGGAGGAGACCGAGAUUCAGCCAGUGAAACAGGAUGGAGAUUUGUCCCCCAGUGUACCUACAGGAACUGCUAUGGAGAUGGAACAACUCAACCCCACCCUCCCAGAAACUGUCCUGGGUGGAAAGGGUUUGAAAAGAGCUGAGUCUGCUCCUGUUGGCGAGGUGGAGAAACCCCAUUUAAGGGAAUACCAAAGAACUGACAGAAAAAUCCAGAUGGCUGAAAGUAUUUCUGAUGAUGAUGAGAAGAAGGAACAAACAAAAGUGCUUGAUAGCGGUGAUUUGGAGGAUGGAGCGACAUCCAAUGAGGGGCAAAAUGCCUCUCUGGAGACUGCCAUUGAGGAGAACUUAAACUCUGACCUGGACAGUCAGGUGGCUGGAGAAGCCUCGGGGAUAGAAAGUGGAGUACAAACUCUUAUUUUGCUGCAGGUUCCACAGCAAGGGGUUCGCUCUCCAAGUCCCACUCUCUUAAUAGGUUCUGCAGGGCCCAGUCUCCUGGGGCCCCAAUCUAGUACCAAAGUAUUGGUCUCAAAUAACUUUGGAGAGAGUGCCCAAUCAACCGAGAGGGGAGAAGGGAUUGCUCCAUGUGACCCUCCACAGGAGUGUGCUUCCAGUCUAGAGGUGGAAAGCGAGCACAAAAGUAAUCUGAGUCCCAUCACCUAUUCUGCUGCAGCCAAUCCUACAGGGUUAACUCUGGGCUAUCCUCUACUGGAGCCAUCUGGGCAGGUGGUAGAGCCACUAGUUUUCACAGGAGAUAAUUUGCAGACAGUGGCUGGCCUCAAGCAAGAGACUAUGUGCAAAGAUGUUCACCUUAUGAGUCUUCCAGCCCAAAAUGAAGUUACCUUGCAGAGCUGUAAUAAACCCAGCAUAAGAGCUGAAGAAUAUUGUUGUCCUGAACAAGUGCUUAACAAGCCCAAACAAGAGCAGCAUGAUUUGUUGAUCUCAGGCAUUCAGCAUGAAGGAACAUGUCAUAUGGAUGUAUUUCCUAAAGAAACUGACACAGAAAAACAACCCAUCAGCCACUUUAAGUCAGAGGAGGAUAUACACAGGCAUAGUGAGCCAGCUCUGUUCCCGGGCCCAGGUUCAGGGUCUUCAGCCAGUUCUUGCCACAGCCUCACAGCCCCACACCCCGAUGACCCAGGGAAAAAGGUGCAUGAUGGGAUGAGGGGUGGCGUCCCGGCUCCCGUCCCGGCCCCAGGCCCAGGAGUGCAGGAGGAGGCAGAGCAGUUGGCUGCCUGCUCAUGUCAGGAGUCUUCCAACAGUGUCAGCACCCAAAUAGAGCGUGAUGAAGAUAGCUUUGGGAGCUUCUCCCCCACCCAGGAAAGGAGUGGUUUGAAGACAGAUGACGAGAUGGUGCAAGAGCCUGGGAAGGCAGCUGAGAACAUUUCUUUAGAUGAAACAGAAUCCACAGGUAGUGCAGAUGACCCUGAGCGGUGUUCUGGGAUCAGUGAGAGAGAACUGCCCAAUCCGGUUGGGUCCAACUUGGCGUUGGAUCACCCCGACCACUCCUGGCAGCAGUCAACCUCCUGCAAGACUGAAGCAUGGCAGACCAGAACAGGGCCUGAAAUCAUCACUAGCCCCAUGACACUGCCAGUGGGCCCAACAGUUUCAGUGGCUCAGCCUAAUUUGCAGACUACUGCUCUGGGGGUGCGUGGGCAAGUGGGCACGGAGCCACCUGAAAGUGAAAGCCUCAGUCAGAACUGCAUGGAGAUAACAGCAAUGGCAAACAGAGUACCGGAGCCAGCUUCGGCCACAGAGACCAGGCCUGGGAGUACAGGCAACCAUCCUGAAGCGGAAAAUGUGCCAACCCUGGAGGCAUCAUCUGCUGCGCUAUUGCCCAAGGACAAUCUUUUGUCACUGGUCCCUGAAAUUGCCGGGGAGGAAAUCACUACAACUGAAUCCCAAGGCUCCCUGAGUAAAGAAAACAGCAGAGCACAGCCCAAUAUCUUUGCCGUCCAACCCGUCCCCUGCCUUGGUCAGACGUCGCUUUCAUCUGAGAGCCAGCAAGAGAUGUUUGAUGAGAAAAAAGUGCCAGCAAAUCUCUGCCUAGAGGACAAGCCUGGUUGUAAUGUGCUCAGCCCUGCAUGCCCAGAGAAUGUUGGGCAUGUUCCAACAGAGGAUGCAGAAAGCAGCAACGAGAAGAAAACUGAUGUUUCCCACAAGCCCAUGGACCUCCAAGGAUGGGUUGAGCAGGGUCCGAGGCAGGCUUGCAUCACUGCUGGAUUGCCUGAUUUCAGGGAGCAUAUCAACAAGAUUAUUGACAAGUCAGUAUGGAGCACUUUGAAUAUUGAACGCCCCCAACUUUCUUUGGAAGAAAGAAAAGAAAAGGUUUUGGUCUUGAGUCAUAAAGAUGAGCCCGCCUUCUGGCACACCUCCCCUCCAGGACAAAAAGUGGAGCCAAAAGGAGAUGGAGAAGAAGUGGCUUUGACUCCUGAUGAUUCUUGCAGAGUUCCCGAGGACAUGUUGUCUCCUCAAGGGAAUACCACCCCCGAGAAACAGCUGGGCGGGAUGAUGGGCCUGCCCAGUAUCCAGGCAGAUGAUGUUUCCAAAGAUGGCCCGAAUCUCUUUCCCCAGAAAGCUGGUCAGACAGAGAGAUCAGAGACAGUGGGGAUGGGGGUAGCACAAAAGGUAGGUGCCAGUGUUGAAGAUAACAUGUGCCUGGAAAGAGGAGAGCUGGACCAUACUUCAUGUCUCCCGUCAGACCCAACCAGACAGCAGCCUCCUCUGGAAAACCACAGAGACUUCAAAGGGGAAGACUAUUAUCUAACUGCCCAGGAAAAUUCAGGGGCAACUUUCUCUAAAACGGAUCUAAUACACCCCAGCAACCAGAGCUGGGAGGUGGUACCAAGUGAAAAGAAGCAGAGAGAAGGCAGGCCCUCUAGCAUGAUAGAUGUCGAAGGCACCAGCCAGUCAGGACCACUGUGUGCUCCACGAAACUCUCCUCUUUUGGGAGCUGUUGAACCAUUAGCAGGAGGCGGCAAUGAGAAACUUGGCAUCAGCAACCUUGGUAAUGAAAGCAAGCCCCAGGGUACUGGCGGGCUGGAAGAGUCAGAAACUGCAGGAAGUGCCCCAAAGUCCCUGGAGAAACAGGAGCCCCUGAGGAAAGCACUGGAGGAGAGCUUGAAAAAGGACCAGAGUUUUCAGGAGUCCCAAAAUGACUUGGAAGAAACAGUUGGGGAAGCAGAAUGUGAUAUAAUUUUGAGCGAGAUAGAGACUGAGGCACGUGCAUGGUGUGAUAAACCAUCCAGAAACAGUCCUGAAACAGGUACUACAAGAGCAUUAUUCACUCCUACCAGUGACUCAGCUCUGCAAACAAGCUGUCAAGAACAGGGAGCUGAGACACUGUAUGGCUCCUUGAAGGCGACUGUAGAGAUGGAGAAGGAUGCUGCUGCUGCUGCUGAAUGUUUUGCGAGCACGGAUAUUGAUGUGCCUCUUGCAGAGGCAGAAUGUGAACUUUCUCCUCAUAUGAUUGACAGGAAGUCCUCUCUCGCCUCACCUCCUGAGCCUGGGAAACUUCAAGUUCAUAACCCUCCAGAAUUUCCUUCUAAAAGAGGCUUUUCUGAAUCCUGUCAUCCUCCUCUCCAGUCUACACAAGAGAAGGACGCUGUAGCCGAAAUAGGUCAGACCACUUCGAGUGAAGUGAGAGAUGAUGUCAGAGUAGCAAGUUGUCCAGUAGCAGUGGAUGCCACUCAGUUGGCUUCUUCUGCAGAUUUAGAUAACCAGUCCUCAGAUGUUCCUCCUCUUUGUGGUGACACUGCUGUCCAGAGCUCCUCGGGGUUGACCACUCCUAGCACUGAGCAGGCUACUGGAGUACUGGAGAGUAAAGACAUUGUUCACCCAGUUUCUGAAAAUUUAUAUUUGGCUUCUGCCUCAGUUCACGAUGAUGAAACACCCUCUUCCCAAAGCACAGCCCUGACGCAGGACUUCCAAAGGAGUUCCGACUCGGAAGAAGCAUUCGAAACGCCAGAGUCAACCACUCCUGUUAAGGCUUCUCCAGUGCCAGUCCCGCCUCCACCUCCAGAAAUUGUAGCAGAACAGGAAAUCAGCCCCCAGCAGCCCCCAGAAGAUCCAGGAUUUGGUUCUGAGACUAUUUUCAUCCCAGAUGUACCACAAAAUGAAUCAUUGGAAGGAAGUCCGUUCCGUCCUCCCUCACACUCAUUUUCCACUGUCUUUGAUGAAGAUAAGCCAAUAGCCAGCAGUGGGACUUACAACUUGGACUUUGACAACAUUGAGUUGAUAGAUACUUUUCAGACUUUGGAACCCAGCUCCCCUGAUGCCAAGAACUGGGAACCCAAAGUGAAUGUGCGAAGGAAAUCCACGGAUUCUGUCCCCGUUUCCAGAUCAACACUAUCCCGUUCCCUCAGUUUGCAAGCGAGUGACUUUGAUGGGGUUUCCUAUUUGGGAAACAACGAGACCGUGGCUCUAACAGCAGAUACUUACAGCACUGGAUCAAGCAGUGCCUCAAGUACCCUGAAGAGAUCCAAAAAGCCCAGACCUCCAUCUUUAAAGAAGAAGCCAGCCACAAAGAAAGCCCCAGAAACACCUCAAGUGAAAGAAACUCAGCCAGACCCAACUCUCGGGGCCCCAGAACCUCCUGAUCCCAUUGAGGGAAAAUUAGAGUCAGAGACCAAGGACGAAUCAUCUAAGGGAGAAAGUUCUGGACCCCCAGAAGUUUCCGAGGACAACUCAGAUCCCACAGUGGGGCCUGGGACAGCAAACCCAUUAGAGCCUGCUAGUGUGGAAAGGGCCAGUUCCUUAGGUAUCGGGGAAAGCAAAGUGCAGAACUCCCCUCCAGUUGGGAAGAAGACAUCUCCUCUUUCUACGGCCCCCAAAGCUGUGGAGGUGACCCCACCUGACACGGGGGGGCAGGAACGAUCUCCGCCUAAGGGUCUUGCAGUGAGGUUAGAAUUUGAUUAUUCGGAGGACAAAGAUAAUUGUGAAGGGUCACAGGAAAGCCCUCCUCCUCCCAAAAAGAUUGGUAAAAAGCCAGUUGCCAAAAUGCCUCUGAGGAGGCCAAAGCCUAAAAAAAUAGUGGAAAAGCUGGACAACACUCCUAAUUCUCCCACCAAAUCUCCUGCAGAACCCAAUGAUAUCCCUGUCUCCAAAGGCUCCUACACCUUUGAUAUUGACAAAUGGGAUGAUCCCAAUUUCAACCCUUUCUCUUCCACAACAAAAAUGCAAGAGUCUCCCAAGUUGCCCCAACAAACAUACAGUUUUGAUCCAAACACCUGUGAUGACUCUAUUGACCCAUUCAAGUCUUCUUCUAAAAUAUCUAGCUCACCUUCUAAAUCUCCAGCUUCUUUCGAGAUCUCGGCUAAUGCCAGUGAAACAAAUGGAAUGGAAGGGGACAAUCUAAACAAGCCAGCAAAGAAAAAGAAGACUCCCCUAAAGACGAUGGUAGAAGAUGUGAUGUCUGUCUGUUCUUUGUUUGAUACAUUUAGGGUGAAAAAAUCUCCAAAACGGUCUCCUCUCUCUGACCCACCUUCACAGGAUCCCACCCCACUGCCAACUCCAGAAACACCACCGGUCAUCACCACUGUGGCUCAUGCGACCGAUGAGGAAAAACUUGCGGUGACCAAUCAGAAGUGGACCUGCAUGGCUGUCGAUCUUGAGGCAGAUAAACAGGACUACCCACAGCCAUCUGACUUGUCGACAUUUGUAAAUGAGACCAAAUUUGAUUCCCCCACAGAUGAGUUGGAUUACAGCAACUCCUAUGAAAUAGAAUAUAUGGAGAAAAUUGGCUCCUCCUUACCUCGUGAUGACGACACUCCAAAGAAGCAGUCUUUGUACCUUAUGUUUGAGGCUCCUCAGGACACACUGCUGCAGUCUCCUCCAGUCAGAUUAUCAGAUUCUCCUACGCCAUGUUCAGGGUCAAGUUUUGAAGAGACUGAAGCCCAGGUGAAUGCUGGGGUGAAAAUGCACCAUCCAACCUCCCGAGUGCUUGCUCCUAACCAAGAAACAAGCUCACAGGCUCCUGAGAAAUCAAAGCAGAAAGAGUUGGAGUCCAUAGCCUUAGGAACAGCUUCAGAUGCCAUUGAGCUAACGGCUGUGGAGGAUUCCUUUGUCUCUGCAGAAGCUCUCCUCAAUAGGAUAUCUCAUCCAACGUCACUGUGUGAUCCACUUGAAUAUCUAGAGCCUGAUUUAGCAGAAAAGAACCCCCCAAUAUUUGCUCAGAAACUUCAGAUUGAAGCCACUGUCCCUGCAGAUGCCUCCAUCUCCAAAACUGCCUUGUACUCCAGGAUUGGUACCUCAGAGCCAGAAAAAAAAACAGGGUUUCUUUACCAGCAGACAGAUUUAAAUUCUGCACUACAGAUCGCCAGAGCAGAGAUUGUAACGAAGGAAAGAGAGGUCUCAGAAUGGAAAGACAAAUAUGAAGAAAGCAGACGAGAAGUGAUGGAAAUGAGGAAAAUAGUUGCAGAGUAUGAGAAGACCAUCGCUCAAAUGAUAGAGGAUGAACAAAGAGAGAAGUCUGUCUCCCAUCACACUGUCCAACAGUUGAUUGUAGAGAAGGAGCAAGCCUUAGCCGACCUGAAUUCGGUGGAGAAAUCCUUGGCAGAUCUCUUCAGGAGAUAUGAAAAGAUGAAAGAAGUUCUUGAGGGGUUUCGAAAGAAUGAAGAAGUGCUGAAGAAAUGUGCCCAAGAAUACUUGUCCCGUGUGAAGAAGGAAGAGCAAAGAUACCAGGCACUCAAAAUCCAUGCUGAGGAAAAACUGGACAGAGCCAAUGCUGAAAUUGCACAAGUCAGAGGAAAGGCACAGCAGGAACAGGCUGCAUACCAGGCCAGCCUCCGCAAAGAGCAACUCAAAGUGGAUGCUCUAGAAAGAACACUGGAACAGAAGAAUAAAGAAAUAGAAGAACUUACCAAGAUUUGUGAUGAACUGAUUGCCAAAAUGGGAAAAAGCUAACUUUUAAUCAAAUUGCUUGACUUCACUGUUGAGUGCAAUAUGACCAUUGGCACACUUAUGUCCAUUCAUUUCUAUGGACAAGUUCUCUUUUCACUUUUUCGUAUGCACUACUGUAUUUUCUUUUUAAACAAAGUUGAUUUAAUUGUAUGCAGUAAUAAGGAGACUAUCAGAAUUUCUUGCUAUUGUUUGCAUUUUCUUAGUAUAAAUUCAUAGCAAGUUGAUCUCAAGUUCCUGUAUCAGGGAGAUUGUCAAAUUCUCUACAAAAAUGACAAAUUGCUGAUCCUAACCUUUCCCUUUGAACAUGAGUUCCCCUGAUGGUUGUUUUGGGGAUUUAAUAUAAACAUGUAUUACUGCACGGGGACUCUUGCCUUAAGGAGUGUAAACUUGACCUGCAUUUGCUGAUUUGUAAGAAAAAAAAAGAAAAGAAAAAUGCAUGUCUCAAAUCAAAUUCUCUAUUGUAAAUAAAGUUUUUUUCGUUGAAACUUGGA